AUGCAUUUUGUAUCUGCUUGUAAUUUCAUUUGAAAAUUGAUAGUGACUUUUCAUAUAAUGACCCUUUUCAUCUCAAUUAAUUUUUUUAGACUUGAUGUUAGUUCCUUUAUAAUGUGUUGCUAAAAGAAUAUAGUUUUUGUGUAUAUGAAGAAAAAAAGACACUUAUGAAGUUAUGACCUGAAUUAUUCUUGUAGCAAUUGUUACUAGGCUUGUAAUGUUAUGUCUAGUAGUUGUACAUUGUUCAUUUAGUGUAUGUAUGGUUCUACUUCUGUAUAACUGAUUUUGACAUGUUUGGAUGUAUUUCAGUAUAAUUGAUUGUUUCCUGAAUUGAUUCUAACUUGUAGCUAGGAUCUGUAGUUUUUCACUCGAGGCGUAAUUUUUUCACUCAAAUGUAUUUGUCAACUCGCUUUUAGACAUAGAAAUCAAGGUCUAGGAUUUGCUUAAAGGGAAAAGGCAAAAAAGGUAAUUUAGAUUUGGGAAAAUGGGAGCUUCAAGCUCUAAAAUGGAGGAGGAUAAGGCGCUGCAACUGUGCCGGGAAAGGAAGAAAUUUGUUAGGCAAGCGCUUGAUGGCCGUUGCUCACUAGCAGCUGCACAUAUUUCAUAUGUUCAGUCACUGAGAAUUGUAGGAACAGCUCUUAGUAAAUUCACAGAACCUGAACCUCACUCUGAGUCUUCCUUAUAUACUAAUGCAACACCAGAAGCACUUGCUUUAACUGAUAAGGCAAUGUCACAGUCUUCGCCGUCCAUGUCACAACAAAUCGAUGCAGGGGAAACACACAGCUUCUAUACAACUCCGUCUCCUCCUAGUUCUAGUAAGUUCCAUGCUAAUCAUAUGAAAUUUGGUAGUUUUUCUUCUAAAAAAGUCGAAGAAAAACCACCUGUACCUGUUAUAGCGACGGUAACGUCAUCAGGCAUCGCACAAAAUGGAAGUAGAAUGUCCGAAACAGAAGCAUUUGAAGACUCUUCUGUUCCUGAUGGAACUCCACAAUGGGAUUUCUUCGGUCUUUUUAAUCCUGUUGAUCAUCAAUUUUCUUUUCAAGAACCGAAGGGCAUGCCUCAUCAUAUAGGGAAUGCUGAGGAGGGAGGAAUUCCUGACUUGGAAGAUGAUGAAGAGAAGGCUUCUUCUUGUGGAAGUGAAGGCUCGCGGGAUUCUGAGGAUGAAUUUGACGAAGAGCCUACUGCAGAAACUCUAGUCCAGAGAUUUGAAAAUCUAAAUAGAGCUAAUAACCAUGUUCAAGAAAAUGUUUUGCCUGUGAAAGGGGAUUCAGUUUCUGAAGUUGAAUUGGUAAGCGAGAAGGGAAACUUUCCUAAUUCAUCUCCAUCAAAGAAAUUGCCUAUGGCAGCUUUGCUUCCACCCGAAGCAAAUAAAUCAACCGAGAAAGAGAAUCAUAGUGAAAAUAAAGUCACUCCUAAGAAUUUCUUUUCAAGCAUGAAGGAUAUUGAAGUUCUCUUUAAUAGAGCUUCGGAUUCUGGCAAAGAGGUUCCAAGGAUGCUUGAAGCCAAUAAAUUUCACUUUCGACCGAUAUUUCAAGGAAAAAAAGACGGUUCUUUGGCAUCCUUUAUUUGUAAGGCAUGUUUCUCAUGUGGGGAAGACCCAAGUCAAGUUCCAGAAGAGCCUGCUCAAAACUCAGUUAAGUACUUAACUUGGCAUAGGACAGCAUCAUCUCGAUCCUCCUCCUCUAAAAACCCUUUAGAUGCAAACUCAAGAGAAAAUGUAGAGGAUCUCACCAAUAAUCUCUUUGAUAAUUCGUGUAUGAACGCUGGAAGCCAUGCAUCAACCUUGGACAGGCUACAUGCUUGGGAAAGGAAGCUCUAUGAUGAAGUGAAGGCUAGUGAGAUUGUCAGAAAGGAAUAUGACGCGAAGUGUAAAAUCUUGAGGAACCUGGAAUCAAAAGCAGAAAAGACCUCCACUGUUGAUAAAACUCGUGCUGCAGUCAAGGAUCUGCACUCAAGAAUCAGAGUUGCGAUUCACAGGAUAGACUCUAUAUCAAAGAGGAUUGAGGAGUUGCGAGACAAAGAGCUUCAGCCACAACUUGAGGAAUUGAUCGAAGGGUUAAAUCGAAUGUGGGAAGUGAUGCAUGAAUGCCACAAACUUCAGUUUCAGAUCAUGUCGGCAUCAUAUAACAACAGCCAUGCUAGAAUCACCAUGCAUUCCGAAUUACGCAGGCAGAUUACUGCCUAUCUUGAAAAUGAACUCCAGUUUCUAUCAUCAAGCUUCACCAAGUGGAUUGAAGCUCAGAAGUCCUAUCUGCAGGCUAUUAAUGGCUGGAUUCACAAAUGUGUUCCUCUUCAACAAAAGUCAGUCAAGAGAAAAAGGAGGCCACAAUCUGAACUUCUUAUACAAUAUGGUCCUCCAAUAUACGCCACAUGUGAUGUCUGGUUGAAAAAGCUCGGGACAUUACCUGUCAAGGAUGUUGUUGAUUCUAUUAAGAGUUUAGCAGCUGAUACUGCGCGGUUCUUACCAUAUCAAGACAAGAACCAGGGAAAAGAACCUCAUUCUCAUAUUGGCGGUGAAUCAGCAGAUGGUUUAUUAAGAGAUGACAUAUCGGAAGACUGGAUUUCAGGUUUUGAUCGGUUUCGAGCAAACUUGAUUCGAUUUCUUGGUCAAUUAAAUAGUUUGUCUGGUUCUUCUGUCAAAAUGUACAGAGAACUUAGACAAGCCAUUCAGGAAGCUAAGAACAAUUAUCACCGGCUCAAUUCUCAGUCUCAGAAUGGUCAUUUGAAUUAUCAGUCUUAUCAUGGUCACCACCAUAAUUCUGAAUCUCAAGAUGAGCAAUCACAGUCACAAUCUCAAGUUGUUUAGUUUAAAAAAUAAACAUCCAAAAAAUACGACAAGAAUUGCAUGAAAAGUUGCGGUGUUGCAAAAUUAUACCUUCCGUGUUGAGCAUAUAAUAGUCCAAUGGAUGAUGCAUUUGUACAAGAGAGGAUAUGAUGAAGCCAUUCCUUUUUUGGUUUUCCAUACUUACUAGUUUAGUCCUUUUUGAGAAUAGAAGAGAGCUGAUAAAUAUCUAUGUAAGAGCUGAUAGAUUUCUAUGUAAGAACUUGUAUAAUACCAUAUUUUUGUAAGCAAAUCAAAAUGUUUGUGGAAGGAAUUUUUUUUUUCUUUC